AUUUCCAAUCAACCUCUUUCUUGGGGAGAAGAUUACACACAUAUAGUUCUGUAUUCUAUUGUUUCAAGAACAUUUGGAAUUAUAUAUAUUCUUAUUAAAAACACUAUAUUAAUUAGUAAAUAAAAAUUAAUAAAACAAUUAAUUUGUGAUUCUAUAUCACUCUGUUUCUUCUGUCUAUAAUUCAAUAAAUAGUUUAUUAUACUUUGCAUUGGUUUAAUUAGCGAAUAAAAAAAUCAAUAGUCACGCAUCGAGUAUAGAAAAUCCAGCAGCAUCUGACUUUAUUAUAAUAUGAGUAAUGCUAUCAAUCAAAAUGGCACAGGUCUAGAGCAGCAGAUUGCUGGUCUGGACUUGAAUGGAGGAAACGCCAAUAAGAGCAGCCCUUCAAAUAAGAAUUCUAUUUUAACCUCUGCAGCCCGUUACGUGCCACCGCACUUACGAGGUAGUGGCAAUAGCGAAUCUUCGUUUGAUACUUCCGAAAAUAAAGGUGAAAAGGAAUUGAAAAGUGGUAGGGAAAAAGAAUAUCAAAGUGAUUUCCGCAGAGGAAAUAAUAGGUCAAAUAAUUUUGAUAGAGGCAAUAAUUAUGACUAUGGAAAAUACCCUAAUCGAAAAGGUUUUGAAUCUUCUGCAAACGAUGAAGGUGGUGAAACCCGUUAUAACGAUUGGAAUCGUCCCGGCAACCGUUUCCAAAACAAUCGUAACGGGGAUAGAGAUCGUCGUGAUGAUUUUCGUAAUGACCGUCCUCGUGAACGUUCCAAUAGAGACGAUGAAGUACGGAACGAUAGGUGGCAAGAAUCUUCAGAGCGCCGCAACUAUACAGGACAAUCAUUUGGGGGCAAAUGGAAAGAUGAAAAAAGAGGAGAUGUUGAUUACACAUCUCUUGGACCGCGGGAUGAGCGCAUUGAACUCGAACUUUUUGGCACUGCUAACACUGGUAUUAAUUUCAAUAAAUACGAAGACAUACCCGUGGAAGCGACGGGCAAUCAAGUACCAUCACAUAUCACAACGUUUAAUGACGUCAACUUGACAGAAAUUGUCAAAAACAACAUUGCAUUGGCAAGAUAUGACACGCCAACGCCAGUUCAAAAAUAUGCAAUCCCAAUUAUUAUAACUGGUCGUGAUUUAAUGGCAUGCGCCCAGACCGGAUCCGGUAAAACUGCCGCUUUUUUGGUUCCAAUUUUGAAUCAAAUGUACGAACAUGGAGUUUCGGAUCCCCCAGCAUCCAAUCGUAUGAGCAAUAGACGCAAACAAUAUCCAUUGGGAUUAGUUUUGGCUCCAACACGAGAAUUAGCAACUCAAAUAUUUGAAGAAGCUAAAAAGUUUUCUUAUCGUUCAAGAAUGCGUCCUGCUGUUCUUUAUGGAGGCAAUAACACCGUUGAGCAAAUGCGUGAGUUGGAUCGGGGUUGUCAUCUUAUUGUUGCUACUCCGGGUCGUUUGGAGGAUAUGAUUACUCGUGGCAAGGUUUGCCUCGAUAACAUUCGAUUUUUAGUUCUUGAUGAAGCUGAUAGAAUGUUGGACAUGGGUUUCGAGCCUCAAAUUAGGCGGAUUGUUGAACGGUGUAACAUGCCAGCUACUGGCGAUCGCCAAACCCUAAUGUUUUCAGCAACAUUUCCAAAAGCAAUUCAAGAAUUGGCAAGUGAUUUCUUGCAUAAUUACAUUUUCCUUGCUGUUGGUAGAGUUGGAUCUACUUCUGAAAAUAUCACCCAAACAAUUUUAUGGGUAAAUGAACAAGAGAAACGUUCUUAUUUGCUUGAUUUGUUGAAAUCAAUAAAGGAAGGCCCUGAUUUCUCCAAGGACAGCUUGACUUUAAUUUUUGUUGAAACGAAAAAAGGAGCUGAUUCACUUGAAGAAUUCUUAUACAAAUGCAACCAUCCUGUUACAAGUAUUCACGGAGAUCGUUCACAAAAAGAAAGAGAAGAAGCUCUGCGAUGCUUCCGAUCUGGGGAUUGUCCCAUACUUGUGGCUACAGCUGUGGCAGCACGUGGUUUGGAUAUACCACAUGUAAAACAUGUUAUUAAUUUUGAUUUGCCUUCAGAUGUAGAAGAAUAUGUUCAUCGAAUUGGUCGUACUGGAAGAAUGGGUAAUUUGGGUGUUGCAACAAGUUUCUUUAAUGAAAAAAAUCGCAAUAUUUGUGGAGAGUUAAUGCAAUUGUUAAUUGAAACAAAACAAGAGAUUCCAAGCUUUUUCGAAGAAAUAAUGGCAUCAGACCGUUCUCAUAUGGGUGGCAAGAGAUCGUCAAAUCGUGGUAGCGGGAAUAAUCGCUACGGUGGGGCAUUUGGCUCACGAGAUUAUCGUCAACAAUCUGGUGGAGGUGGUUCAAAUCCAAGAGGAAGCAGCCAUCGUUCUGGCGGUGGAUCUUUCCGUAGCAAUGGAAAUUCCUCAUAUUAUGGCGGAAAUUCAGGUGGACAAUAUGGUGGAAAUAGCGGUGGCGGCGGUGGUGGCUCUUAUGGAGGGAGCUACAAUCAGUCUCACGCGAAUAACUCUUCAGGCCCUGACUGGUGGGCCAACUAAAUACAGUAAAACAUAAAAAUUUGUAUGAAUUUACUUAAAAUAUUAAAAUAUAAGUUAACAAAAUUGCAGUCUA